UUCUCUUAUUUUUAAAUAAACCAAUUCUCUGGAAAAAAGAUCAGACUCUGAUCAUCAGAGUUUAAAUGUAAAAGUGGUGACAGGUAAUGAAGUCAUGUUCAGCAUCUAUAAAUCACGAUGAAAGCAUUCAUUUUACCAAUUUGAUUUACUGUUCAAAAUCGUCUGUUAGCUUCGAGGGGUUAUGAUUUCAAAUAAUCAAUUAUAUGUUUCUUGUGAUCUUCCCAGAAUUACUGGGUGUAUUUUCUGUGUCAUUGUUACAGUGAGAAAAAUGUUGAAAUCGAAUUGAUAAAGUUAUAAGUAACAAACGAUGGAAAAAAGUGUUGCGGCGAAAACGUGCGAAUACAAGAGAGAAGCAGAAGUAUGGAAUAUCAUUGCAUAAUAUCAUGGCAUCUUGACGCAAUAUCUUUUGGGUAUUUGUUGAAACUGACCAGUUGAAUCAGUAUUUAGAUUAUCAUUAGAUAGUUGGUUCAUGGACUGCUGAUAAAGAUGAAAAUGAAAUUGUUUAAAUGCAACAAGUUUACUUGUUACUUAAGACAGGCGAAAGGAACCAAAAACAUCAGGGUUAGUGGGUUGUCUGGUAAAUGCCUGUUUAAUGGCAUUUAUUUUAAAUUAUCUUUCUUUUGAACAUAUCGAUAAUUGAUUUUAGUCAGAGGCGAUUUUCGACCCGCUCCUUUUCAAACUUCAAAUUAAAUUGUUGCAUACAGCGACUUCAUGUAAAACAAAAUUAAAAAUAGAAAUGAAAAUUAUUCAGAAUCUAACGAUGAACCCUCAAAAUUAUCACAAUCUACUGCUGACAUCUAUGUGAACUACAGGGGAAAACAAUAUUAAAUGAAUCCAACGAUUAUAAUUGAGCAAAUAUUUUCACCAUUAAAUCUUUAACCAUUUUACCAUCUACAAUCACCAGAAUAAAGUUACAGCUGUAGUUAACAUUACUGAUUUUAUUUAACAAUGCUGAUCAAUGAACUUCCCGAUGAUUGUUUGCUCGCCAUUUUUGGUUAUAUAAAUAGUCUGAAUGAUUUAACAAACUGCUAUAAAGUGUGCAACAAAUGGAGCUAUUUGAUUGCUGAGAGAACUAAAAAAGUUAAAUAUUUGAUGGAGACUCGUGGUUAUUCACUUGAUUGCGUUUAUUUUCAAGGAAGAGGUCAGAUUGAUGUAUCCUGUCUGAGCAAAUUAUUUACAAAUUUAAUGAUUGUUGAAUUGAACAAUAGCUAUUACGUAGGAUCUGAAGAAUUUGUUGCAUUUGUACGAAAUCAAGCAUCUUUGAAAGGAUUAAUCUUAACCAUUGAUAAACCAGUAGAAAAAUAUCGUGAUCAACUCGAAAUGGUAUCCUUUACUUAUAUUAGGCCAAACUUUCGAUUAAAUGGCUCCAGUAUAAAACAAUUGCACACCUGGCAUUAUCUGGAUUUCAAAAGAUAUACUCAUUAUUUCCCAAAUCUUGAAAAACUAAAUAUUAUAGUAGAUGACAGUUACUAUGACGGUCCAGCAUUGGAAAAGCUUAAAAUACUUGAAAUAUUUCCCCUUUCCCUCCUCAAAGACAGUUGUUAUGCUUUCCAGUUCAUGGAUUCAUGUCCAAAUUUACAAAGUGCACAUAUGACCGUUCAUACUAAUGACUUUUUUGUUGACGAAACAUUAAAACACAAAUGUUUACGAGAUUUAGUUAUAAUUUUUUCAGCUGACCAAACCAACUGGAAUAAUUUGAAAAGAUUGCUUAUGAAAUAUCCAAAUCUCAAACAUCUUGCGCUGAGGACGAACCAGGACAUGAAAGAUGAACAUAUCGAGGAAUUGGUUCGCAUUUUACCCAAUCUGGUUCUACUUGAUGUUCGUGGAUGUAAUGGAGUCACUCAAAGUGCUUUUAAUCAUGUUCAAGAUUAUUGUAAACGAUAUGGAAGAUCAACUAAAUUUUACUUCAAUGGGAAUCAAAAUGCAAUCGAAUCAGAUUGGCCACAUUUAUCGUCUAAAGAAGAAAAAAUUAGCCGUGGCUUUGAUUUCAUGAAACAUUGCUUCCUUAAAAAAUAUCAGCAACUUCCAUGUUUCUUGAUUCCUGAUGAUUAUUGGAACCCACAUACUUAAUUUAUUUUUUAGCGAAUGUGAUUUAUUGUCUAAUCUAAAGAGAUCUCUCUGUGACAUAAAGCUCAGAUCUUAUUUUUAAAUCCACUUUUCAUGGAAAAUGGUGCAAUUUUUUACAAUCAGAACAAGUAUAAAUGUAUAGAACCUUCUUUAACAAAUUAAGUUUCACAUUAAAAAUACAUGUAUGUAUUACUGAUGACUUGAA